CACUUUUCCCCCGUGUCUUCAGAUGGAUGGCGGCAGCGAUGAGCCACCCAGCCUUGCCGGCCAGCUGUCGCAACUGAUUUGCCUGAGCGGGUUGGUGGCGCUAUUUGUGCUGGGGUGCCGUGCGAAGGCGGCAUCAUGGCUGAAGGAAAGCAACCACUUCUACUUGGAAGGAAUCAAGAGAGAUUGCCUACCAGGGAGGCUUGGGCAGUUUGGAUUCGCGGCGCUUCCGUCUGCAGCCGCCUACGACCUGGGUGGCGCUUCCUUGCUUGUGGGUAUCCAGCAUGUGCUGGGCCUCUUGCUUUGCUUGCCAGAGGUCACGAGGAGCGUCGGCAAGGC